AUGCAUGUAACCGAAUUUUUAACGCGAACCAAUCGCCGUAAUGUAAAUUCUCAAAUUAAUUAUAAAGUGCAGCAGAAACUGGAAGAAUGUCUUCAAGAUUUGGAGAAUCGGCGCCGCCAACUUGCGGAACAGCUGCAGAGAGAAGAGCGGAGAUUAAGCGAGGAGAUAAAGGAGCUCUUAAAAGGACGUGAAGAUGCAGCUCAAAACGAGAGAAUUGAGUGGAUUCAAAUGGCACUCAUAAAGAGGGAACAGGAAGAAGAGGAGCUGAUAAAAAAGAAGCAACAGCAGCGUGAAAUUGAGAACUCGGAGGAACAUCGUCACAUGGAAACCAAACAAAUUCUCUUGGAUACAAAACAAGCGCAACUUUAUCAGAUUGAGGAGCGCAGAGAACGGCGACUUAGAGCAGCCUAUAUGGAUAAGCAAUGGCAAUUCAAUUAA